GGCUGGACCGGAAGAGGGUCGGGUCUUCCCGGGGCUGUGGGUCACCUUCCCACGGGCUGGCGCCUGGGCGUGGGCGCUGCCCCGGGAUCCCGGCCGGCGGGACCCGGCGCCCAGCGCUGGAUGGGGGCCUGGUGCCGCAGCCCAGGGGCGGGGCCGAGGUCGGCGCGCGCUCCCGGGCUGGCCCGGGGGCGGGGCCUUGCGGGCCGGGGGCGGGGCCUUGAGGGCAGGUUCCGGGACUCCUCCCCUCUCCGCCGGGACAGUCGGCCUUCGGCCAGGCGAACUAGUCACCUCGGCCCAAUGACGAAGGGGCCCGACCCUUCCCGCCCAGGAUCUAGACACACGACGAUAGAGGAGCCUGAGGCGGCUCUAUUGCUGUCGCCGCCUCCGCUGCAGCAAGAGCUCCCUGGUUGUACCGAGACACCAGCUCAUCUCAGUUUUCCCCAGCACCGGGCCCGCCGGGACGGCACCUAAGUAUAACCGGCACCCGCAGUUGGACUUGGCUGGCGAGAUACUUUGUGUCAGAGGGCUUGGGACCCGGGGCCAUCGAGGUCGUGGGGACCCAGGAUCCAGGGAACAUGGGAACUGGAGUCCCAGCUUCGGAUCAGAUCAACUGUGCCAGAGGGGAGCCACAGGUUUAUUGUCCUGAAGAUACUGCAGACACUGAUGUUGUGCAGGAUACAGACUGCGAGUGCCCUGUGGACCGUCGACUCCAAAAUGAGCCAGGCUACUGUCAUCCAGGGGACUCUGAGCAGCUGAUGGCUUCCUAUGAGGGUAAAGCUAGGGGCUACCAGGUGCCUCCCUUUGGCUGGCGCAUCUGCCUGGCUCACGAGUUUGCAGAGAAGAGGAAACCCUUUCAAGCUAACAAUGUCUCCCUAAGCAACGUGAUAAAGCAUUUCGGCAUGGGCUUGAGGUACUUGAAGUGGUGGUACCGGAAGACCCAAGUGGAAAAGAAGAGACCUUUCAUCGACAUGAUCAAUUGCACACCCCUGAGACAGAUCUACGGUUGUCCCUUGGGUGGCAUUGGUGGAGGCACUAUUACCCGCGGCUGGAGAGGCCAGUUCUGUCGCUGGCAGCUUAACCCUGGGAUAUACCAGCACCAGACUGUCAUCGCGGACCAAUUCACAGUGUGCUUGCGUCGGGAAGGGCGGACUGUGUACCAGCAAGUUCUGUCCUUGGAGCGCCCAAGUGUCCUACGCAGCUGGAACUGGGGCCUGUGUGGGUACUUUGCUUUCUACCACGCCCUCUAUCCCCGAGCUUGGACUGUCUAUCAGCUUCCUGGGCAGAAUGUUACCCUCACCUGUCGUCAGAUCACACCUAUCUUGCCCCAUGACUACCAGGACAGCAGCCUGCCUGUAGGAGUCUUUGUGUGGGAUGUGGAAAAUGAAGGGGAUGAAGCUCUGGAUGUGUCUAUCAUGUUCUCCAUGCGGAAUGGACUUGGGGGUGGAGACGAUGCCCCAGGUGGUUUGUGGAAUGAACCCUUCUGUCUGGAGCGGGACGGGGAGACUAUACAGGGGCUACUGCUGCAUCAUCCAACCCUUCCAAAUCCCUACACCAUGGCUGUGGCUGCACGACUCACGGCAGAUACCACGGUAACCCACAUCACAGCCUUUGACCCUGACAGCACUGGGCAGCAGGUGUGGCAGGACCUACUUCAGGAUGGACAGCUGGACUCCCCCGCUGGCCAAAGCACCCCUUCACAGAAAGGAGUAGGCAUUGCUGGGGCUGUAUGUGCUUCCAGCAGGCUGCCACCUCGAGGCCGGUGCUGCCUGGAGUUUUCACUGGCUUGGGACAUGCCCAGGAUCAUGUUUGGAGCUAAGGGCCAAGUCCACCACAGGCGGUAUACAAGAUUCUUUGGCGCAGAUGGUAAUGCAGCGCCUGCCCUUAGCCACUAUGCACUGUGUCAAUAUGCAGACUGGGAAGACCAGAUCUCAGCUUGGCAGAGCCCAGUAUUGGACGACAGAUCCUUGCCUGCCUGGUACAAAUCUGCACUGUUCAAUGAAUUAUACUUCCUGGCCGAUGGAGGCACAGUGUGGCUGGAAGUUCCCGAGGACUCCCUUCCAGAAGAGCUGGAAGGGAGCAUGCAUCAGCUCCACCCCAUCCUGCGGGACUAUGGUCGAUUUGGCUACCUUGAGGGCCAGGAGUAUCGCAUGUACAACACAUAUGAUGUCCACUUUUAUGCUUCUUUUGCCCUCAUAAUGCUCUGGCCCAAACUCGAGCUCAGCCUACAGUAUGACAUGGCUCUGGCAACUCUCAGGGAGGACCUGACACGGCGACGGUACCUGAUGAGUGGGGUUGUAGCACCUGUGAAAAGGAGGAAUGUCAUCCCCCAUGAUAUUGGAGACCCAGAUGAUGAACCAUGGCUCCGGGUCAAUGCAUAUUUGAUCCAUGAUACUGCUGACUGGAAGGACCUGAACCUGAAGUUUGUGCUGCAGGUUUAUCGGGACUAUUAUCUGACGGGUGACCAUGGCUUCCUGAAAGACAUGUGGCCUGUGUGUCUGACUGUGAUGGAGUCUGAAAUGAAGUUUGACAAGGACCAUGAUGGACUCAUUGAGAAUGGAGGCUAUGCAGACCAGACCUAUGAUGGAUGGGUCACUACUGGCCCCAGUGCUUACUGUGGAGGGCUAUGGCUGGCAGCUGUGGCUGUGAUGGUUCAGAUGGCUGUUCUGUGUGGAGCACAGGAUGUCCAGGAAAAGUUUUCUUCUAUCCUUAGUCGGGGCCAAGAAGCCUAUGAGAGACUGCUGUGGAAUGGCCGCUAUUACAACUAUGAUAGCAGCUCUCAGCCUCAGUCUCGUAGCAUCAUGUCUGACCAAUGUGCUGGACAGUGGUUCCUGAGGGCCUGUGGCCUAGGAGAAGGAGACACUGAGGUAUUUCCUAUCCCACAUGUAGUUCGUGCUCUCCAAACCAUCUUUGAGCUCAACGUCCAGGCCUUUGCAGGAGGGGUCAUGGGGGCUGUGAAUGGGAUGCAGCCUCAUGGCGUUCCUGACAGAUCCAGCGUGCAAUCUGAUGAAGUUUGGGUGGGUGUGGUCUACGGCCUGGCAGCCACCAUGAUCCAAGAGGGUCUGACUUGGGAGGGCUUCCAGACAGCUGAAGGCUGCUACCGCACUGUAUGGGAGCGCCUGGGCCUGGCAUUCCAGACCCCUGAGGCAUAUUGCCAGCAACAGGUGUUUCGCUCAUUAGCCUACAUGCGGCCACUGAGCAUCUGGGCCAUGCAGCUGGCCCUGCAACAGCAGCAGCAUAAGAAGGCUGGCGGACCAACACAGGAACAGGGCACAGGGCCAAAAUGUGGACCAAAGGAAGCCUUGGCAAACCUAAGGCUGGAGUGAACCAUCUGAACUGUGGAAGCCUAGCCUCCAGCCUAGUCUUUUCCCUUACCCCCAAAACUCCUGCAGCCCUGAGCCACCAGGACAAUCAUGCCCUUUCCUUUUUCCCCACCCACCCAAUUGUGCCAGUAAAGAGGGACUGAGGGUGAUCCAGGCAUCAGAAUCACUUAUUUAUUUCUUUCCCUACCCCUUCCUUCACUGCAUGAAAUACUCAAGGACAUUUGAUUUCUACAGGUCCAUUCAUGGGGCAGUAGACACAUGAGUAUAAAUAAAAGACCCACAAAGCCAA